AUGCUGGCGGCCGCGCGGGGGCUCAGCUCCCGGCUGCCCCGCCCGGCCCCGUGCCGCGGCAGCCACUGGGACACGGCCGUGCUGGCCGGGACGGCGUUGCUGCCCGUGAGAGCACAACCAAAGAAAAAAAAGAAAGUGGAUCCAAAGAGAGAGCAAGCACAGAAGGAUCGUGUGAAAAAGAAGAUUAAAAAGUUGGAAAAAGCUGCUCCAGAACUGAUUCCCAUUGAGGAUUUUGAAACCCCACUGAAGUUUUCAGAUAGCAACAGGGUGCGAAGCCUUCCUCCUCUCUCAUUUGAGGAAACCGAAAGAAGAGUUUUACUUAUGAAAAAGUGGUCUCUGUAUAAGCAGCAACAAGACAAGGCAGAGAAGGAAGCAAUUCGGAGCCUUGUAGGAGCUCAGCAAGAGGCACUAAAAGAACUGCGCCUGGAAUCUGAGGAGCUGUACCAGGCAGCCAUCAGACGGGACGAGGAGCUGUUCCCCUUUGAGAGAGAUGGGCCUGAUUAUACCCCAGCACUUCCUGGUUAUGAUCCUCCUGAAGGAAAGUGCAUCGAUAUCACCAAAGUGUACACGCAGUGAUGGGGUUCGUUGUUCACCUGGCAUAAGCUGCUCGGCUGACUGAAGAAUGGAGUGAGAGCUGCUGGUUCCUUUGGCAUGCUCAAACAUAGUAGGUGUAUGACUGUAAAAACAAAAUUCUCUAAGUGUAUUUGAUUUUUUUUUUAAAUUGUCAAGCUAUGUAAUAAAACAUCGAGCAGA